CGUCUGAACACUAUGAAAUGCAUCAUUAUUGAAUAAUCAUUCCUCAGCCAAACUGGGCAAACUCUUUUCCAAAAUAAAAAAAUAUGUAUAGAUAAAUAAUACAUACAUACAUCUAUAUAUAUAUAAGUCACAUACCACUGACGCAUAUAUAGUUCCUUUACAGUUUGAGGAAUCCAUCUUUGUCUUAAAGUUCAUACUCCUAUCAUGCUACUUUGCAAUCUAAUAUUCUCUGAAUGUAGUGACGGCACAAGGCUGGAGGUUAAGGCGUCACCUAAAAUUACCAGUAAAGAAACCAUCUUUACAGGUUGUGGUUUUGUCGAAACACCCGGAAUUUCUAUUAUUUCCCCCAUCUACCAAUUUCAGUUUAAGCGACUGGAGUUUGCGUUCAAAGUCUGCGUGCCCUAAAAAAUAGACAAAGCUCAAGGGUAGACUUUCAGACUUUCAGAUGUGUUGAGUGGAUCCACGAAUGAAGGAGUCUCAGCAUCAUUUUUUGACAAAUAUCAGAAAUUGUAAUGAGCGUUUUCAGUUGACAUAACAAAUAUUUGUGUUGGCAACGACGAAAAGGAGGCGGGAUUCGGUCUGACGUCAUUAAUGAUGCCAAAUCCGGUAAAAAUCG